AUUUCAAAGCUCGGCCCAGUUAGUUAAAUAGCUGGUAAUUUAACAAAAAUACUCUUAUUUAUUGAUAAUAGUGGUAAUUGAAUGCUAAAUUAGAUUCGAUAGUAAAGAAUCGAAGUUGGAUGGACGCCAUUGAAGACAUCUUCGAAUCUUCGUUGAACCUCGAGGAAUCGCACUUGAGAGAGGGCUACGACGAGGGCUACGCCGACGGGUUAAUCUCGGGGAAGGAAGAGGGGGAGCAAGUCGGGCUGAAAACCGGGUUCGAAACGGGCGAGGAAUUGGGGUUUUACCGCGGCUGCGUCGGAGUGUGGAGCUCCGCCAUUCGCGCCGACCCGAAUUUCAUGUCGGCCCGGGUCCAGAAGACGAUCAAGCAGAUGGAUGAAUUGCUGCAGAAUUACACGAUACUGGAGCCGGAAAACGAGGCCGUGUCCGAUGCCAUGGAUGCCCUGCGACUCAAAUUCAAGAUUAUCUGUGCUAGCUUGAAUCUGAAAUUGGAGUACAAGGGUUAUCCUAAGUCGUCUGAUGCUGCUGCAGAUAUUGGAUUUUGAUUUUCAUGUUUACUGCCAACUGUUCGACAUAUGUUCUAAGAGAAAAUCUUAUUGAUUUCGGAAGAAACUACCUGAUCCUGAUUGUCUAUCGAAGUAGUAGUAUAAAUCUCGAAUUUGUGAGGGUGAUGGUGAUGAUGAAACUGAGGAAUCAAACUAUUUCAUCAUAAUAAUUUAUGUUUACAUUCA